AAAUUCACCGCCAAAACCUAGGGUUCCUUCUUUUUCCUCCCGCGUCUGGCGUCUCUCUGCUUCUCGCGAUUCCAUCUUUCUCUCCACUCUCGAAAUUUAGGGUUUCUGUUCUUCUUCUUCCAACAAACCCCCAAAAAAAAAAAGAAAAAAACUCCCCAUGGGAACCCCGGAGACCUCUAGAGAGCCCUGUCCGGACCGUAUCCUAGACGACAUCGGCGGCGCUUUUGGCAUGGGUGCGGUGGGUGGCUCCGCCUUCCACUUCUUGAAAGGAAUCUAUAACUCCCCAAAAGGCGAGCGCUUGAUCGGUGGUUCUCAAGCGGUCCGCAUGAAUGCUCCACGCGUUGGCGGCAGCUUCGCCGUCUGGGGUGGUCUGUUCUCAGUCUUCGACUGCUCUAUGGUCUACAUCCGCCAGAAGGAAGAUCCUUGGAACUCGAUCUUUGCUGGUGCCGCCACCGGUGGGUUCCUCCAGAUGCGCCAAGGUUUGGGUGCGGCUUCGAGGUCGGCACUGUUUGGUGGUGUAUUGCUUGCUUUGAUCGAAGGCGCUGGAAUCAUGCUUAAUAAGGUCUUGAGUGUUCCUCAGAAUUUUCCUCCAAUGAUGGAGGAGCCACUGCCGAAUAUGGCUGGUGGGCCUGGCUUUCCUAUGGGGCAGUUGCCGAGUGCCCCGGCGACGAUAGAGCCUUCGACGGAGGGGUCUUCUUCUUCUUGGAUUGGUGGGUUAUUCGGUGGUGGUAACAAACAGGAGAAGGGGGCUAGUAGCGGUGGUGGAAGCAAGACGGAGAUUUUGGAGAGUUUUGAUACGCCCAGUACGCCGAUUCCAUCCUUUGAGUACAAGUGAGAUGGGUGACGGCCUACGUGGAUUAUUUUAGUGGAGGAACUGAUUGAUUUUUUAUGAAGCCGUUGUCUUGGUUGCUCAGCUACAAAUUGAUUUGUUUGGUGGUGAGCUGCAGAUGUUUUAAUUGGUUUUGGCAACGUGAUCUGCAAGCAUUUUAACAGUUCACUUCAAGUUUACAUAAAUCCGAAGAUUUUGUAUUGGAAAAAUAUGGUUCUUAUGGACCACGACACGAUCAUGAUGUAUGCAUGGAAUGCUCUGAUGGUAUUUGGGGUGAUUUCUUGCCUCAUCUUUUAUUUAUUUUAUUUUUCAAAAAGAAUGGCGGGAGUGUUUCAAACUUUUUAUGGGUUACUGAAUAUUGGAUAGUAUAGAGGGAGGCAGGAUUGAGUCCCUCAAUUCUUCA